UUUAAACUAAAAGGUGCUGUUCACAGCACCACCACCAAAGCACAAACUAAGAUCCUUCUUCUCCCUUUCUCUGUCUCUUUGGUCACCAACUUUUUUGAACUUGUGAGAGACAAAGUUGUGAAGGAAGGGAUAGAAACAUGGCUGGGUACAAAGCUGAUGAUGAGUACGAUUACCUCUUCAAGCUGGUUCUGAUUGGUGAUUCUGGGGUGGGAAAAUCGAACUUGCUUUCAAGGUUCACGAGGAACGAGUUCAACUUGGAGUCCAAAUCCACCAUAGGGGUGGAGUUUGCAACAAAAAGUUUGAAUAUUGAUGGGAAAGUCAUCAAGGCUCAGAUUUGGGACACUGCUGGGCAGGAAAGGUACCGUGCUAUUACUAGUGCUUACUACCGAGGAGCUGUUGGUGCCUUGCUUGUGUAUGAUGUAACACGCAGUGCAACAUUUGAGACUACUAGUAGGUGGUUGAGGGAGUUAAGGGAUCACACAGACCCCAACAUUGUGGUCAUGCUUAUUGGAAAUAAAUCAGAUCUGCGACACCUUGUUGCUGUCUCAACAGAAGAUGGAAAAUCUUUUGCAGAGAGGGAGUCUCUCUACUUCAUGGAAACUUCUGCUUUGGAAGCAACCAAUGUUGAAAAUGCAUUCACUGAGGUUCUUACUCAGAUAUACCGCAUAGUGAGCAGAAGAGCAGUUGAAGCUGGUGAAAAUGCUAGUUCUUCAGCUGUCCCAUCUCAAGGACAGACAAUAAAUGUGAGAGAGGAUUCUUCAGUUUUGAAGAGAUUUGGAUGCUGCUCAAAUUAGAUGCUUUAUCUGUGGCAAGGUGGUUUUCAUAGAGCCUGUGUCAAUUUGUAAAUGGUUCACAUGUGAUUGGUGAUAUAAUUCUGUAGAAUAAGGCUAGUCUUACAUAUUGUUUGCAAAAUGUUUACAUGCUUCCAUAUGCAGGAUUUAUGUUUCUUAAAACAUUUAAAACAAGUCUUUUGUUUGCCUAAAUUCCAAAGACAUUUGAAACAAGUAUGGUGCAAAUGGGUUUACUUUUAUGUUUGAAU